CAGCUGUUCACCUCGUGACUCGCCUCAUCUGUUUCACUUCACUUUCACACUCCUGCUGCAAAUACUGGCACUUGGAACAGUCGACACAAUGUUCGUUUUUCUUGUGCUCUUUGCGGCCUCUGUAACAUCAGCUUUUCGCCUGUCUGAUCAAGACGAGUUUCACUUCAAGUCAUGGAUGGCACAGUACAACAAAGGGUACAACUUGAAGGAGUACUACCAAAGACUGCAGAUAUUCACAGAGAACAAGAAGAGGAUUGACAAACACAAUGAAGGAAACCACUCGUUCACAAUGGCACUGAACCAGUUUUCAGACAUGACAUUCAGUGAAUUUCGAAAAUCCUUCCUCAUGUCUGAGCCUCAGAACUGCUCCGCCACCAAAGGGAACUACUUCAGCAGCAAUGGGCCGCUACCAGACUCCAUCGACUGGAGAAAGAAAGGGAAUUAUGUGACCCCAGUGAAGAAUCAGGGAGGCUGUGGUAGUUGCUGGACGUUUUCCACCACUGGCUGUUUGGAGUCUGUAACUGCCAUCAACAAGGGGAAGCUUUUACCGCUGUCAGAACAACAGCUGGUAGACUGCGCUCAAGAUUUCAACAACCAUGGAUGCAAUGGUGGUCUUCCCAGUCAAGCAUUUGAAUACAUCAUGUACAACAAGGGACUGAUGACCGAGCAGGACUAUCCAUACACGGCUUUUGAGGGUAAGUGUGUGUACAAACCAGAAAGGGCAGCUGCUUUUGUGAAUAGUGUGGUGAACAUAACAGCAUACAAUGAGAUGGAGUUGGUGGACGCUGUCGGGACACACAAUCCUGUCAGCUUUGCUUUUGAGGUGACCUCUGACUUUAUGAGUUACCACCAGGGUGUGUACACCAGCACUGAAUGCCACAACACCACCGACAAAGUGAACCAUGCAGUUCUGGCUGUCGGCUAUGGACAAGAAAAUGGUACUCCUCACUGGAUAGUAAAGAACUCAUGGGGAUCGAGUUGGGGCAUGAACGGGUAUUUCCUCAUUGAACGUGGGAAGAACAUGUGUGGACUUGCUGCCUGCGCAUCAUUCCCAGUGGUGUGAUUAUUACAUGUUUGCACAUUACAAAAGGGCCGACAAUGAAGCCAGUUCCUUUUUAUAUUGUUUGUAUAGAGUUUGUUUUAAAAUCAGCUGCCUGUGCAUCUACAGAUGUGUUGUUUUUCCAAAAAGGGAAGAAGUCUUAACCCCCAUUCAAGCACUAUGACAGAAAGAUCCAGGUCACUACACUAUGAAAUAAAUGUAACUGAAAUUAUCACUUCAUUGAAAAUCAUUCAAACUGUUCUGAUAAAAUUUGCAAAUAAACUCUAUUAAAUAUG